AUGGGGACUUUUACAUUCAAAUGGCCUCACAGUGCGAACGAGGUGUUCGUCACGGGUACCUUCGAUGAUUGGGGUAAGACCGUGAAACUGGACCGGGUGGGCGACAUCUUUGCCAAAGAGGUUUCGUUACCUACAGACAAGAAGAUCCAAUACAAGUUUGUUGUUGACGGCAUUUGGACCACCGAUAGCCACGCACGAGAGGAAAACGACGGACACGAUAACAUCAACAACGUGCUACUUCCCGAAGACAUCCAGGCCCAGACCCACACCCAAGAGGCUUCCACCCACGACGUCACCACGCCCGCGAUCAUGUCUGGCGUGACCCCCGAUUCCACCACGGCUGCUCUAGCUGCCCAGGUCCCCAAGGAAGAGCCCAAUGGUGGCCUCCCGGGAGCUUUCCCUGACACGCCGGGACAGGAGUCCGAAAAGACCCUGUCUGUCAAUCCCAUUCCCGCCUCGGGUGGCUACGGUAACCCGAUCAAGCUGAACCCUGGUGAGAAGGUCCCGGAUCUCAGCUCCAUCCAUGGCAACACCGUGGAAUCCACCGUGAAACUCGACAAGGAGUCCUAUGAAAAGGGCGACAGUGUGCCGCUCGGCAGCGCUGGCACUCAAAGUGAUACCGCCGGCUCGAGUGCUUUCACCGUGCCCCCAGUCACCAAGAACAUCAUCCCCGAAUCCAGUCUCCCCAUGGGUGGUCCUGCUCAGCGGGCUGCCCAGGCUGAUCAAACACAGACUAGUAUUGGUGGCCCUGCCCAACAGGCAGCCAUGGCCGACCCCGGCUACACGAUCCAGUCUGCGGCGCCAACCUCCACCACUGCUGCCCUGGCUGCUGAGGUUCCCCUCGAAAAGAACAAGCAGACCAAUGGCACUGCUGAGCCUGCCAAUGAUGUUCCCCAGGUGGUGAAGGACUCGAUUGCCGAGGCCCACGAGAACCCCGAGGCAGCUGCCAACAAGGAAGCCGUGGAAGAGAAGAAGGCGAUGGAGGAGGAAUUGCACAAGACGGUUGCCGUAGAGCAGUCUACAGGUGCUCCAGCUCCUACUAUCGCUGCCGAGCCCGCCAAGGACGUCCCUCAGAUCGUCAAGGAGUCGAUCGCCGAAUCCAGCGAGAACCCCGAGGCGGCCGCUAACAAGGUGGCCGUGGAAGAGAAGAAGGCGAUGGAGAGCGAGCUACAGAAGACGGUCCCCGUGGAGGAGUCUGCAGGUGCUCCAGCCCCGACUACCACUGCUGCUACCCAGGCCACCGCCCCAGCUGCUGCUGGCUUGGCUGUUCCCCCCGUCGACUCCACUGAUGUUUCUCCGACCUCGACCCCUCCCCCCGGCCGUGUCGCACCCACCUCUGCUGCGCCCACUUCUGUACCAGCCCCUACCGAGACCCAGACCGCACCGGUCGUGACCACCGGCGUGGCUACUUCGGAGGCCGCCGAAAAGUCGACCCCCAGCAAGCCCACCGAGCCGGCUCAGCAAUCCGCCAAUACCUCUGGUGCUGGUGAGCUCCACGCCAAGGAAGAAAAGAAGAAGCAUCGCCUGAGUGGAUUCUUCAGCAAGCUCAAGGAGAAGCUGAAGUAG